GCAGUUUGACCCCGGAAGUGCGGGCGCUCAGGGAGCUGUCACCGUGGUCGGCGGCGGCGGCGGAGGCGGCGGCUGCACAGAGCCGGUGGUGGAGCCGCCGAGGCCACCUCGUGUAUGCAGAGACCAUGUGUGUCUGAUCUGCUGGGAUCCUAGAGCUGGAACAGGCCAGGUGAUGUUGUGAAAAGAACACUGGACAGCAAGACAGGAGACCUUGGAUCUGCCACUCACUGACUGUGAGGAGGGUCACGCAGCACAAUGCCAGCUCUGCCCCUGGACCAACUCCAGAUCACCCACAAGGACCCGAAGACAGGAAAGCUGAGGACUUCACCAGCGCUGAUUUGUACCUGUAACUCCAUGAUACAAAUUUGAUUUAAAUGGGAGGGGGUCCUGCAGACCCACAUGAGAGGUGGCCUUGAAGAAUCCUUGUGGUACCCACAGGCUCUACAGUUUGGAAACUCGCCACCCCGAGCAGAAGGCAGACCGGUAUUUUGUGUUAUACAAACCGCCCCCUAAAGACAACAUUCCCGCCCUAGUGGAGGAGUACCUGGAACGCGCCACCUUCGUAGCCAAUGACCUCGACUGGCUCCUGGCCUUGCCUCACGAUAAAUUCUGGUGCCAGGUGAUCUUUGACGAGACUCUACAGAAGUGCCUGGACUCCUACCUGCGCUAUGUCCCCCGCAAAUUCGACGAGGGGGUGGCCUCAGCCCCUGAGGUUGUUGACAUGCAGAAGCGCCUCCAUCGAAGUGUUUUUCUCACCUUCCUCCGCAUGUCCACUCACAAGGAAUCCAAAGAUCACUUCAUUUCCCCUUCUGCGUUUGGAGAAAUCCUCUACAAUAACUUCCUCUUUGACAUUCCAAAGAUCCUGGACCUCUGCGUGCUCUUUGGAAAAGGCAACUCACCACUGCUCCAGAAGAUGAUAGGAAACAUCUUUACACAGCAGCCAAGUUACUACAGUGACCUGGAUGAAACCCUGCCUACCAUCCUUCAGGUCUUCAGCAAUAUCCUCCAGCACUGUGGUUUGCAAGGGGACGGGGCCAGUACCACACCCCAGAAGCUUGAGGAGAGGGGCCGAUUGACCCCCAGUGACAUGCCUCUCCUGGAAUUAAAGGACAUUGUUCUCUACCUUUGUGAUACCUGCACCACACUUUGGGCCUUUCUGGAUAUCUUCCCUUUGGCUUGCCAGACCUUCCAGAAGCACGACUUUUGUUACAGACUAGCUUCCUUCUACGAAGCAGCAAUUCCCGAAAUGGAGUCUGCAAUUAAGAAGAGGAGGCUUGAAGAUAGCAAGCUUCUUGGUGACCUGUGGCAGAGGCUCUCCCAUUCCAGGAAGAAGCUAAUGGAGAUUUUCCACAUCAUCCUGAACCAGAUCUGCCUCCUUCCCAUCCUAGAAAGCAGCUGUGACAACAUUCAGGGCUUCAUCGAAGAGUUCCUUCAGAUCUUCAGCUCCUUGCUGCAGGAGAAGAGGUUCCUCCGGGACUAUGAUGCACUCUUCCCCGUGGCCGAAGACAUCAGCUUGCUGCAGCAGGCCUCGUCAGUCUUGGACGAGACGCGGACUGCCUACAUCCUCCAGGCAGUCGAGAGUGCAUGGGAAGGGGUGGACAGACGGAAAGCCACAGAUGCUAAAGACCCAUCGGUGAUUGAGGAGCCUAAUGGGGAGCCUAACGGGGUCACGGUGACAGCAGAGGCAGUCAGUCAAGCAUCAUCACAUCCGGAGAACUCGGAGGAAGAGGAGUGCAUGGGAGCAGCCGCGGCUGUGGGCCCUGCCAUGUGUGGGGUGGAACUGGACUCUCUCAUCACCCAAGUGAAGGACCUGCUGCCAGACCUUGGUGAGGGCUUCAUCCUGGCCUGCCUGGAGUACUACCACUACGACCCAGAGCAGGUGAUCAACAAUAUCCUGGAGGAGCGGCUGGCCCCCACCCUCAGCCAGCUGGACCGCAACCUAGACAGAGAAAUGAAACCAGACCCUACACCCCUGCUGACGUCUCGCCACAACGUCUUCCAGAAUGACGAGUUUGAUGUGUUCAGCAGGGACUCAGUAGACCUGAGCCGGGUGCACAAGGGCAAGAGCACCAGGAAGGAGGAAAACACGCGGAGUUUGCUGAACGACAAGCGUGCAGUGGCGGCACAGCGGCAGCGCUACGAGCAGUACAGCGUGGUGGUGGAGGAGGUGACACUGCAGCCAGGCGAGAGCCUGCCCUACCACAGUGUCUACUACGAGGAUGAGUACGAUGACACAUACGAUGGCAACCAGGUGGGCGCCAAUGAUGCAGACUCUGAUGACGAGCUCAUCAGCCGCAGGCCAUUCACCAUCCCUCAGGUGCUGAGAACCAAAGUGCCUAGAGAAGGGCAGGAGGAGGAUGAUGACGAUGAGGAAGAUGAGGCUGACGAGGAGGCUCCCAAGGUACCUCCCUGGCAGCCCGACCAUUUUGUGCAGGACCCUGCAGUGCUGAGAGAGAAGGCAGAAGCCAGGCGCAUGGCCUUUCUCGCCAAGAAAGGGUACCGGCAUGACAGCUCAACAGCAGUGGCCGGCAGCCCCCGAGGCCAUGGGCAGAGCCGCGAGACAACCCAGGAACGCAGGAAGAAGGAAGCCAACAAGGCGACAAGAGCCAACCACAACCGGAGAACCAUGGCUGACCGCAAGAGGAGCAAAGGCAUGAUCCCAUCCUGAGACCUGGUGCAGGGCCAGCGGGGAGGCAGCGGCACCAGACUCACCAGGCCGCGCUCCCAUCGCCUGGGGCCUCCUCACUAGGGGCCCCAGGUUCAACUCAACCCCUCAACAGCCUCAGCUUUGCAGCCCCUGAGAAGGCCGCCUCUCAUCUACCAGCCAGCCAUGAGCGCCUUCCUGCAGAACACACAGUGCCUUAUGCCACAGCCGAAGAAUCCGUGGGGCCGGCAAGCAGGCACCUUCCCCCAGCUGCGCUGGCGGGAAAGAGAUGGGGAUGGAGUCCCAAGGCAAGCGCCCCAAACCUCGGGCCACAAGACACCACUUCCCCUUUACCCUGGACAGCAGGAAACCUGUAUAUUCAAAAACACAAAAAGUCCUGCUAAUAAAAUUUUUGACCCUUUCAAA